AUGUCUGCCGCCAAUGGGUACAAGUUAAAUUGUGCUUCCAAAACGGCCCUUGCCAAGGCGUAUCAGGAGAUGAGAAGUAACGGUACUAUCAUCCUUCUUUAUAUCCUUGCUCCUCCCCUGUUCGAGCAUAUUCGUGGGGAUCAUUACGACUUGGAGCAGAUGACACUCCAGGACCUUGGAAUCCAGGAUAACCUCCGUGAUUGGGGCCCGUAUCUCUAUCUAUCUGUCACGACAGGAGGCGAGCUCUAUCGUACGAAUUACACCAGUGUCUCUCGACUCACUAUAUGCCUGCUCCUCGCUUGGAUGCAGGCUGAUGAAGAUAUCGACAUACCACAGGCCUUCAGAACAACCUACAAAUGUGACCCAACACUGUUCCAUUGGGCUUGCGAGGCUAAUAUGGAGGUGUUCUGCGGCCUAAACCGCGGAAACCUCGAGGUUUUCGAUACUCAUACUACACCACGCAACCGCCUCCGUGUCCCAUAUGGCGAUGCCAGCAACAAUAACCAGCAACUUAACAGAUUUACCAGCGAAAACUUGGCCAAGGCCUACAUAGACAGUAGCAUAUGGUACAAAGACGUCAUCGCAAGACAUAUUAGUCGAAUUAUCAGGACCAACGUAUCGGUCCUCGCUAUCCAUCCCCUAUUCCAGCGACUUUGGGUCACUGUCUGUAUGGACCGAACUGGUAGCAAGAUAAAGAGGGCCCUCAAGCAAAAGUUCGAAGCUCAGGUCCUUCGGAUUUCCGAUGACGAAGACAAGAGGCAAGCACAGGCUUGGUUGGGCGAGGCGGAUACCAUCUUGCAUGAGAUCGAUGAGGAGAUCUAA